CCGCGCCCCCUGUCAGAGGCAGCCAUUGUUCAGCGAGUCGCGCUGGCUUCGGCGCGGCUGGGUCGGUCCUGCCCCCUGCCCCCUCUCCAAGACCCGGCCGCUCCUGAAGCUGGGAGAGGGGGCCAGGCCCUGGCUGUGAGCGCCCUGCGGACCUCGGGUGCAGGCCACCAUGAGCAAACGGAAGGCGCCGCAGGAGACUCUCAACGGGGGCAUCACCGACAUGCUCACGGAACUCGCAAACUUUGAGAAGAACGUGAACCAGGCUAUCCACAAGUACAAUGCCUACAGAAAAGCAGCAUCUGUGAUAGCAAAGUACCCACAGAAGAUAAAGAGUGGAGCGGAAGCUAAGAAGCUGCCUGGAGUAGGAACAAAAAUUGCUGAAAAGAUUGAUGAGUUUUUAGCUACUGGAAAAUUGCGUAAACUGGAAAAGAUUCGGCAGGAUGAUACGAGUUCAUCCAUCAAUUUCCUGACUCGAGUUAGUGGCAUUGGUCCGUCUGCUGCAAGGAAGUUUGUAGAUGAAGGAAUUAAAACAUUAGAAGAUCUCAGAAAAAAUGAAGAUAAAUUGAACCAUCAUCAACGAAUUGGGCUAAAAUAUUUUGAGGACUUUGAGAAAAGAAUUCCUCGCGAAGAGAUGUUACAAAUGCAAGAUAUUGUACUAAAUGAAGUUAAAAAAGUGGAUUCUGAAUACAUUGCUACAGUCUGUGGCAGUUUCAGAAGAGGUGCAGAGUCCAGUGGCGACAUGGAUGUUCUGCUGACCCACCCAAGCUUUACCUCUGAAUCAGCCAAACAGCCAAAGCUGCUACAUCGUGUUGUGGAGCAGUUACAAAAGGUCCAUUUUAUUACAGACACACUGUCAAAAGGGGAAACAAAGUUCAUGGGUGUUUGCCAGCUUCCCGGUAAAAAUGAUGAAAAGGCGUAUCCACACCGGAGAAUUGACAUCAGAUUGAUACCCAAGGAUCAAUAUUAUUGUGGUGUCCUCUAUUUCACUGGGAGUGAUAUUUUCAAUAAGAAUAUGAGAGCUCAUGCCCUCGAAAAAGGCUUCACAAUCAACGAAUACACAAUCCGUCCCCUGGGCGUCACUGGAGUUGCUGGGGAGCCCCUGCCGGUGGACAGUGAGAAGGACAUCUUUGACUACAUCCAGUGGAAAUACCGGGAACCCAAGGACCGAAGUGAAUGAGGCCGUCCUCCCAGGCACAGCCCCACAGGGGUCUUAAUUUAUUUCUUAUCUUUUGCUAUGUAAGGGUCUGUGGUGUUUUUAAAUAAUGGUUUCUUCUUCCUGCUGUAGUUUGCACUAAUAGUCAAUAAAACCUCUUGUAUUAUUAUCA